CAAGAUUAUUUAACCAAAUCGUCUGAGUGGACUGUAUACCGAGUUGAAGGAACUGCACCUUCUGGACGGAUUUGAACAAUGCAGACUGCUCUAGCAAAAUCCCCGCAGAAAAGGCAAGUCAUUUUUCUUGCUAUGCUGUUGUUUUUGUGGGAGGUUGAUUCUGAGGCAAUUAGAUAUUCCAUUCCAGAAGAAACAGAAAGUGGCUACUCUGUGGCCAACCUGGCAAAAGAUCUGGGGCUCAGGGUGGGGGAACUGGCCACUCGGGGUGCGAGAAUCCAUCACAAAGGCAGCAAACAGCUCUUACAGCUCGAUGUAAAAACCGGCAAUUUGCUUCUACAGGAAAAACUAGACAGAGAGGUGCUGUGUGGGGCUACAGAACCCUGCAUUUUGCAUUUCCAGCUGUUACUCAAAAACCCGAUGCAGUUGUUUCAAAUUGAUGUGCAACUCACAGAUGUAAAUGACCAUUCUCCAGAGUUCCUAGACAGGGAAAUGUUCCUUAGAAUCCCAGAGAGUGCCCAGCCAGGGACUGUGUUUCCUUUGAAAUCAGCUCAGGACUUGGACAUGGGUAGCAACAGUGUUCAGAACUACACAAUCAGCCCCAAUUCCAAUUUUCGUGUUGCUACUCACAAUCGUGGAGAUGGCAGAAAAUACCCAGAGCUGGUGUUGGACAAAGCUCUGGACCGGGAGGAAGAGUCUGAGCUCAGUUUAACCCUCACAGCGCUGGAUGGUGGGAUGCCACCCAGGUCUGGGACUGUCACAGUACACAUUGAAGUAGUAGAUAUGAAUGAUAAUGCCCCGGAAUUUUUACAAUCCCUGUAUGAAGUACAGGUUCCUGAGAACAGUCCCAUAAACUCGUUAGUUCUCAUUGUAUCUGCUCGAGAUUUAGAUUCAGGAAAUUAUGGUAGUGUUGCCUACUCCUUAUUUGAAGGUGAUGAAGUUUCUCAACCAUUUGUAAUAGACAAAYUARCAGGAGAAAUUAGUCUGCAAAGGGCAUUGGAUUUUGAGGCAACCCAACAUUAUAUCAUAGAAAUUGCAGCCACAGAUGGAGGAGGCCUUUCAGGAGAAUGCACUGUGGCCAUAGAAGUGGUGGAUGUGAAUGACAAUGCUCCUGAACUAACCAUGUCGACACUCAGCAGCUCUAUACCAGAAAACUCCCCAGAGACUGUAGUUGCUAUUUUCAGCGUUUCUGAUCCAGACUCUGGGGACAAUGGUAGGAUGGUUUGCUCCAUAGAAAACAAUCUCCCCUUCCUCUUGAAGCCCACAUUUAAGAACUUUUAUACCUUGGUGACAGAGAAGCCACUGGACAGAGAGAGCAGAGCAGAGUACAACAUCACCAUCACCAUCACUGACUUGGGGACACCCAGGUUGAAAACUGAACACAGCAUAAGGAUCCUCGUCUCUGAUGUCAAUGACAAUGCCCCUGCCUUCUUCCAAAUUUCAUACACGCUGUUGGUGCGCGAGAACAACCAGCCAGCCCUGCACAUGGGCAGUGUCAGCGCCACAGACAGAGACUCAGGCACCAAUGCCCAGAUCACCUACUCGCUGCUGCCAACCCAGGACCCGCACCUGCCUCUUGCCCGGCUGGUCUCCAUCAACGCAGACAAUGGGCAGCUGUUCGCGCUGAGGGCGCUGGACUUCGAGACCCUGCAGGCAUUCGAGUUCCACGUGGUCGCCACAGAUCAAGGCUCACCCGCGCUCAGCAGCCAGGCGCUGGUGCGAGUGGUGGUGCUGGAUAACAAUGACAACUCGCCCUUCGUGCUGUAUCCAAUGCAGAACGCCUCUGCGCCCUGCACCGAGCUGGUGCCCAGAGCGGCAGAGCAGGGCUACCUGGUCACCAAGGUGGUGGCGGUGGAUGGAGACUCGGGCCAGAACGCCUGGCUGUCAUACCAGCUGCUCAAGGCCACGGAGCCAGGGCUGUUUGGCGUGUGGGCGCACAAUGGCGAGGUGCGCACCRCCAGGCUGYUGAGYGAGCGCGAYGCRGCCAGGCACAGGCUGGUGGUGCUGGUCAAGGACAAUGGCGAGCCUCCGCUGUCUGCCAGCGUCACGCUGCACGUGCUGCUGGUGGAUGGCUUCUCCCAGCCCUACCUGCCGCUUCCGGAAGUGGCGCCCGAGCGCACGCAGGGGGACUUGCUCACUGUCUAUUUGGUCAUCGCCUUGGCCUCUGUGUCAUCUCUCUUCCUCUUCUCUGUGCUGGUGUUCGUGGCAGUGAGGCUGUGUAGGAGGCGCAGGGCUGCGCCUCUGGGUGUCUGCUCUGCUCCUGAGGGCGAACUUUCUGGCCACCUGGUGGAUGUCCGUGGCACUGGGACACUGUCGCAGAGCUUCCAGUAUGAAGUGUGUCUCUCUGGAGGCUCAGGAACAAAUGAGUUCAAAUUCCUUAAACCGAUAUUCCCCAAAUUGCCGCCUCAGGGGCCUGAUGAAGAUACAGUAGAAAAUGCUACUUUAGGGAAUAUCCUUCGAUUCCCAUAG